AUGGAGGCAUCGCAUGAGAGCCCAUGGGGUGUGACGCUUUGCUUCAAGGACCCCCAGCUCGAGGCCGACUUUCAUCGCGACCACGCAGUGCGACACCGCAGGGAGGAUGCCAUAGGGUCCUUCCUUGUGGCCCUGGUUCUGUAUGUGCUGAUUCUCCUGACGAAGGCAGCCAUGGCAAUUCCCGGCCUGCUGGCAGUCCUGCUCCCCUGCCCCAUCUACCUUCGCCACCGCACCCAGAUCCACCAAGCAAGUCUCCUGUCCACAGCCGCCAUAAUGCCGUUUUAUGGCUACCGGCGUUCGUCGGACUUCAUCUCUGGAGAGAAGGACCCCAGGCUAGCGGCCAUGCGUGCUGCCUCACGCUUGGCAGGCAACUCCAGGUUCAUUUACAUGCUAUUCGAGCUUCUAGGGCGCCAGCUCCUCCUGCGUCACCGCCUCCCCUGCCUGUUGCCAUGGGCAUGGAUGGCGCUGCAGUGCAACAUGGACUACUGCCGGGUGCGGGCCUUCACGGAUGCCAGCGGCGCAGCCAUACACAAUGCGCAGGCCGCGGUGAUACGCGUGGCCAACAUCGGGCUGGGCGAGUGGCCCCCUGGGGCACUAAGGUCGCAGACCCAGGCUUGCGCGGUUGUGACAAAUUGGUGGUUCCUGGUCAUGGGGCUGACCUUCCCAAACGUCUUCCUCUAUACCAUGGAAGUGCGCGAGCGCUCAAGAUAUCUUUUGGAGCGCGGGCUGCCUCCGCCCAGGCUCAAGCUGAGCAGGGCCUUCUCAGAGAAUUUUCUGCUCCUGCCCUCGGUCGUGGGAGCCAUGUGGCUGCUGGCAAAUGCGCUCGCCGCCGUGCCACCAAACCAGCUGAGCUCCCUCUUUGCGCGAUGGAACGCCUAUCUCAUGCAGACAAGCGUCCCGGAGAUCAGAUGGUGA